AUGGGAUUUGCCACGCCCCAACAGAUUGAAUCAAUGGGGGAUCCGACUGAACGAUCACACCGCAAGACGGAUUCGCUGAUUCAGAGGACCCUGAGGGAGAAGUUCGCUUUUAGCACGGUUCUCACUAUUGCCCAUCGAUUGGAUACGAUCAUCGAUUCCGAUCAAAUCCUCGUCCUCGAUGCUGGCCAACUCAAAGAGCAGGGUCAUCCUUACGAGCUUCUGUUGAACAAAAACGGGAUGUUCUUCAAGCUGGUGGAACAGACCGGACGUGCUGCCAGUCGUCGCCUUUACAUUUCCGCUGCCAUGGCCUAUUCAAAGAAGUUCCCAGACAAGUUGAAGAUGCAACCGGACACCCCGAAGCAGGAAUCUGAGCCUGUUUACGUAAGCGACGAAGAGGAAGAGGAGGAGGAAGAGGAGGAGGAAGAGGAAGAGGAGGAGGAGGAGGAGAAAGAGUAAGAAGAUGAAAGUCCACAGAAGUCGAGCCCCUCGUGCGGCCAUGAAAUAGCAACAUGUAUCCAAAUGAGGGGUCCUCAGUGAUUCAUUAAUAUUAUUGCCACCAUAUCCUUUUGCCUUCUCGUGACUCAUGUCACGAUUAUCGAACAUUGUGAAUACAGAG